CCCCCCUCUUCACAGUACGUCUCAUUCUCUUUCCUCCCCAUGUUUUAUCCCUCUAAUCUCCGGUGACCCACUUCUUUCUCUCUCUCUCUCUCUUAUCUCCUUCUCUCUCGCAGUUUCCAGAAUGUCUUUCUAGAACUCCAAUAUUUCCUUUUCCUGCUUUUUCAUUUGGUAGUAUUUUGUUUUUCUUUUUUUUUCUCUUGCGAGAUCCGAACUUACCGGUGAAAGUUCCGUCGCCGGGGACGACGAUGGUUGUGUCUCCGGUAAGCUAAAAAUUGUGGUGCUCUAAUUGAUCGGUCGGUCCUUUAGAUUUCUUUUGUGUGUACCCAAAGAAAUGAUAGAUCCAUUUGCGGUGAUUCAAGUUCGAUCCAAAACCUGGUUUCGCAAGAGGAAAAAAAUCCCUUCAUCAUUGCUUUUACUUUGCUUUUAAUCUCACCCAGACGGUGACUGUUGACGGUUAAGGAUGUGUUGGGUUUUAGGUUAAUUUGUACAGUUUGGAUGUUAUAUUGUUGAUUUUUGUACAGUUUUUUUUGUGAUAUAAAAAGUUAGAUAUUAGCUUUUUUUUUUUUGGGGUGGGGGGGGGGGGUGUGAAGUUUUGGGUUCGGUAUUUGAAAGUGGCAAAGAUGAAUUUAAGCGCGGCCGAGGAAGAAUCGGCGCAAGAGAUUCAUAUCCCGGCCGAUAUAGAUUGGGAAAUGCUUGACAAAUCCAAGUUUUUCUUGUUAGGCGCGGCUCUGUUCUCAGGCGUUUCAGCUACUCUUUACCCUGUAGUUUUGGUUAAAACAAGGCAACAAGUUGCUCAAACUCAACUCUCCGGUAUCCGAACGGCCUUGUCCAUAGUUAAACACGAAGGUUUCAGGGCCUUAUACCGCGGAUUCGGUACUUCUUUGACGGGAACAAUUCCGGCUCGAGCUCUUUACAUGGCAGCUCUUGAGGUUACCAAAAGCAAUGUAGGGAGUGCCACGGUUAAGCUCGGUGUUCCUGAACCAUCGGCUGCAGCCAUUGCUAAUGCUGUUGCUGGAUUAAGUGCUGCAAUGGCUGCACAGCUUGUUUGGACCCCCAUUGACGUUGUUAGCCAGAGAUUAAUGGUUCAAGGAAGCCACCCAAGCUGUAGUUCACCUUGUAGAUAUGUAAAUGGGAUCGACGCGUUUAGGAAAAUAAUUAACACUGAUGGUCCAAAGGGAUUGUAUAGAGGUUUUGGGAUAUCGAUUAUAACGUAUGCUCCAUCUAAUGCAGUUUGGUGGGCAUCUUAUUCGGUCGCUCAAAGGUUUGUCUGGGGAGGCAUUGGAUGUUACUUUUGGAAAAAAGAUGAUGAGAGUAAUGAGAACGGGAGUAGUAAUAAUAAUACAAUUAGGCCUGAUUCGAAGACGGUUAUGGCAGUUCAGGGAGUCAGCGCAGCUUUGGCUGGGGGGGUAUCAGCCUUGAUUACAAUGCCACUUGAUACAAUCAAGACUAGACUGCAGGUUUUGGAUGGGGAAGAGAAUGGAAGGCGUGGACCAACAAUUGCGCAAACUGUUAGGAAUUUGGUUAAAGAAGGUGGGUGGUUUGCUUGUUAUAGAGGGUUGGGGCCACGGUGGGCGUCCAUGUCAAUGUCUGCAACAACAAUGAUCACUACUUACGAGUUCCUGAAACGGCUCUCGGCCAAGAAUCAGGGGAGCUUGAUGUAGUGAAGAAGAAGAAGAAUAGGGGUUAACUAAAAAAAAAAAAAAAACAAAGGAAAAACAGAUGUUUUUUUUUCCUGAUCUAUGUCUAAGUCAUCCUUUUAAUGUUUCUUUUCUUGUCUCUGUGGAAAUCUCUUUCUUUGCUUUCUUUCAAGUUAGCCUGUCUAAGAAGGUUGGUGAAUGUAAUUUGGCUGCAGGUUUAUCUCAAUAUGAAAUAUAAAUCUCUUUCUUUCUUCCCACUA